AUGGGCGACGAAUUGGUCAAAGAGAGCCUGAGAACCCUCAUCACCGCAAACCAUAUUCUUCACCACCAUAAGCUGGUAGAUGCCUACGGACAUAUCUCUAUCCGCCAUCCCCUUAAGCCCAAUGUCUACGUCAUGAGUCAAAAGAUGGCCCCUGGAAUCGUCGAGUCACCCGAUGAUUUGAUAGAGUAUAAGAUUGUGGAUAAUCUGCCCGUGGAUCCUCAGGCUAAACCAGGUCAUAUUGAGAGAUUCAUUCAUGGACAUAUCUUCAAGAGGUUUCCACAAGUCAACUGCGUGGUUCAUAGCCACUCGGAAGAUGUGCUUCCAUUUGUGGUGUCAGAUAUACCCCUGCGCGCCCCUUGUCAUAUGGCCGGAUUUCUAGGUUUGUAA